AUGUUUGCACGACGUGCAAUCCCCUCCGCUUUCCGCGCUGCAACUCGCGCCAGUCCAGCAGCCCGCGCCUUUGCACCCACACGCUUCAUCACACCGUUCCAGGCCCGAUUACUUUCCGAUGAAGUACGCGCCGCAAUUGACAAGGCCGUCGCCUCAGCCCCUGUUGUUCUGUUCAUGAAGGGCACACCAGAGACGCCACAAUGCGGGUUUUCAAGAGCUAGUAUACAGAUCCUGGGCAUGCAGGGUGUUGACCCAGAGAAAUUCACGGCUUUCAAUGUAUUGGAGGAUCAAGAGCUGAGACAAGGCAUUAAGGAGUACUCGGAAUGGCCGACGAUACCGCAACUUUACGUCGACAAAGAGUUCAUUGGCGGAUGUGAUAUCCUCAUGUCGAUGCAUCAGGAUGGCUCGCUGGCGAAGAUGCUCGAGGAGAAGGGUGUUGUUGUGCCUGCGGAGCCUGGAUCACAGCCGUAG